CUUUCAUAUAAACAGUGCAUUAUUUAUCUUUAAACAUGACAAAAGCAGUGCGUGAACUUUUACAAAAUGGUAUAUCAUACGACGAAACGGAUCGAAUGCCCAGUAAUAUUUCGAUUACUAAUUUGGAUCUAGUAAUGUACGUUGUGGCUAUAAUAGGCCACUUCGUAGACCUCGGUUUCGACAUAAAUGUAGCUGUACGGUACUAUUUGGCGGGAAAAAUAGUUGCAUUUGGUUGGACUUUAGCUUUCAUACUUCUGCCUGCGUUUGUGAACACUGCAAUUUCAAUCAGAAUGUAUUCACAAGACAAACAGCAGAACUCUGUCAGCAACGAAUUCACGAAGCGUAAAUGGCUCAGAGUGGUCAUACUGGUGCUACAGAUGGCUCCCAUACUGAGAUUCACUGAUGCCCUUAUAUACGCAGUCAAGUCACGCCGGGCAGAGCACAACAACGAUCCAGCUUCCCAACGGUUGUACUACAGUCUGAUGCUGAAGGAGGACUCGGAUGCUGCACUUAUGCGCAUCUUCGAAUGCUUCCUGGAGGCGGCGCCGCAGCUGGUGCUGCAGAUCAGUAUACUGUUCCAAGGUCAUAGGGAGUUUACUGUACAUCAGAUCCUCUCCAUCACCUCAUCCCUGAUCACCAUGGGCUGGUGUUUGGCCGCGUACCAGCGCGCGGUCAGGUUCGCCCAGCAAGACAAGCUGAAUGUCAACUGGUUGGCCACCGGCAUGCAGACGCUGUGGCACUAUUUGCUCACUUUAAGCCGCGUACUGUCAAUAGCAGUGAUUGCCUUCCUCUACCCGUACUGGACGAUCCUGGCGUGCUCCCUUCACAUCCUCACAAUGACGUCAUGGAUACAAUUCUACGAGCGGCCAGUAUUCUGCGCACAGAGCAGACUAACCGAGAUAGCGUUCUCUUUCGCACUCGGAGCAGUAUACCUCUUCACCUACAUCCUAUCCGUCGAAGGUAGGACCCGAUACAGAUACGCAAUUUAUUACACAAUCUGUCUGACACAAAAUAUUGUCUGUGGUCUCGUAUGGUUUUUGUUCGUACCCGAAGAAAUGAAGGCAGCGGCGUACUAUUAUACAGUUUUAAUAUUAUGCAUACUGCCAUAUGUAUUCGGUAUAUUUGUAAUGAUAUUGUAUUAUUCAUUCUUCCAUCCAACUCUUAGGAAAGGAGCUAAGAAUAUAACUGUAUCAGUUAAAGUUAACGAUCAAGUUUUGGACACAGUUAGUUGAUGGUAAUUUGGUUUUAUUUUAACCAAUAUUUUAUGUAUUUUAGUAUCGUAA